AUGUCCAUUUUUGUGCGAUUUUUGGAUAUUGAGUGCAUAAUUCACCAAGCAGCUCAUUGUGGAAAACUUAGUGUGACUCUGAAAGAAAUAAUGGACAGCACAGAGUUCAAAGAGUUUCUUCCUGAGUGUGAUUCAGUGCAUUUUGACUUACUGCAGUACAACAAUGUUCACUGGAUAAGUAAAGGUCAAGUUACUGAACGUUUUUGGCAAAUAAAAGAAGAAAUAAUGUCCUUAGAAAAAACACUAGCUGUGGAUUUCUUGAAAUGCGUUCUGAAACAUUUAAAUGCUCUCAGUACUGAGCUGCAAGGAAAUGGGAGAUUAAUAUGUGAUCUGAUAAAAGUGUCUCUUCUUUCCGUUGCAAGCUCGAUAUCUUUGAAAAAGUCAUUACAAGUCAAGAAUUUUUUCACUUGCCAACAAUUUUUGAAUAGAAAUUCACGUUUUGAAGUUUCUCCAGCAGCAGAAUGGAUGGAUGUGGCUAUGAAGUUGGUCUGCCUUUUAAAGCUUGUACUCCAAAUGGAGAUAAUAGACUUGCAGGAAGACAUUUCCUUGCAAAUGUAUAAAACUGCAUCUGCUGAAAUUUUUGGAAUAAACAUGUCCCAGAAAAACAUGAAAAUUGCAAAAAAAAAAAAAAAAGAAAAAAUAGUCAUAUACUGGGCUACUAUGUUUGGCUCCACAUAUAUAUGUGAAAUUUCAUUUUUGAAAAUGAAUUUUUUGAAGAGCAAGUAUUGCUCAAGAUUAGCGGCCCCCAACCUUGAAGAUACUAUUCGCAUAUGCUGCUCCCCAUGUGGACCUAACGUUAAGAAACUGACUCAAGACAGCAAAUAUGAAGGGCACAGCAAUAUGAAGGGCACAGCUAUACAGCAGGUUGUUUCAAAUAUGGCAUCUAUUACUUGA